AUGAAGGCAGUCACUGGUAUACUGGCAGGUCUUGUGCCAUUGGCGCUCGGCCAGGGGGGACUCGUGAUCAACCCCCAAAAAGCAGAUGAUGGCACAGCCGGCAACUCCAUGCCUGUGGAUCUGAGCAGCCUGGUCAACAAUCGCGGCUUUGGAAUGUCACCAGGAGAUGCUAACUACGAUGGACUUCACUCUGGGUAUCCCGCGCAGUACCUCCCACCAGCCGACCUGACCUACUCUGGUGUGAAGUACAACUUUCCGCAAUACAAGGCAGCUGGUAACGACAAUGUUCUGGCCCAAGGACAGAUCUUGACGCCGCCCAAAGGUCGCUAUUUUAGUGUACAUAUGCUCGCUGCGGCUGAGUCUGCCAUAGCCACCGGAUCCGUGAAUGCCACGUAUGCGGACAACACGACCUCGUCAGGACCAUUGCUCGUUGAUCCGGUAAAAGACUGGCCAUACCCUUACGGGGGGGAUAUCAUCUUCCCAUACUCUCUCACAAACGAGAGUAUUGACUACAACAGGUCCAUGAUCUUCCAGACGAUCAACUGGCUUGACUCCUCGAAGGAGCUAGUCAGCUUGCAAUUACCGAACGUCAGCAUUGGGGCUGCGAAUGGACCAGGCGGCGCGGCCGAAGAUGCUCGACUACAUAUCUUUGCGGUCACUCUCGUAGAAGCCAAUGGCACCGGCAUCGAGCUGGAAGUCCAGUAUGCCAGGUCCACCCAAAUGUGGGUCGAGGGGACAAACAAGACGCAGAUCGUCGAAGUCACUAUCAACAACAUUGGCGAUCAGUGGGUACUAGCCAACAGCAGUGUGAAAGUCUCUGUUGACGCCGCUGGCCUCAAGACCGUCACGCCUGCAGUCAUCAACAGACUUCGGCCAGGAGACCAAGCAAUAGUCCAGAUCGGAGUCGUGAAUAGUGAUGGCACACCACCAGGCACAACUGGUCCGGCGACGGUCGAAAUCUCUCUCAAUGGCGCGCAGACAAGCUAUCCAUUCAACGCCACCUACGGUAUCGGCCAGUACGAAGCCACGUAUGAGAGCAUAUACAGUCACGAAUCCCCCAUGUGGUAUAAUGACGCAAAAUAUGGGAUCUUUAUCCACUGGGGCGUCUACAGUGUGCCAGGUUGGGGCAAUGUCGGUGGGCGUGAGGGCUACGCAGAGUGGUACUGGUGGGACAUGAAUCAAGGCCCGAACACAACCGGACAAUUCUAUGAAUACAACCUAGCCACAUACGGACCUGACCAUGUCUACGACGACUUUAUCCAGAACUUUACUGCGAGUAUCUUUGAUCCGAAAGCGUGGGUUGAUCUUUUCGCAGAUGCCGGGGCAGAGUACUUUGUGCAGGUCUCGAAACAUCAUGAUGGGUAUGCCAUCUUUGAUCUGCCAGAGAAUGUUACAGAGCGGACGAGUGUGAAACAAUUCCCGCAUAGGAAUCUGCUACAAGAGCUGUUCGAUGCGAGCAGAGAGCAUCAGCCUCAGCUGCAUACGGCAACGUACUACAGUCUACCGGAGUGGUUCAACCCAGCGUAUGCUGGGCCAGGGGGAAACGCAACAAAUCCUUACACAAAUGCCACGCUACCUUACGCCGGGUUCGUGCCCGUCGAAGACUACGUCCAAGACAUUAUCCUGCCACAGAUGCAAACCCUAGCGGACAUGGGAACGGAGAUCAUGUGGUGUGACAUUGGUGGUCCAAACCUCACGGCAGAAUUCGCUUCUUCAUACUUCAAUAACGCCGCGCAGAAGGGCAAGCAAGUGUCGAUGAACAAUCGCUGCGGACUCCCUGGUGAUUUUGAUACCCCAGAGUACGCAAAGUACAACGCCGUACAAGUCAGAAAAUGGGAGAGCAAUCUUGGGCUAGAUCCCUUCUCUUACGGCUACAACCGUGCUACACCAGACUCGGCAUAUCUCACUCCCCAAGGUAUAGUAACGAGUCUGAUGGACAUCAUCUCCAAAAAUGGGAACUUCCUGCUCGAUGUCGGACCCACAGCAAACGGAACCAUCAUUGCUAUCGAGCAGCAGAACCUUCGUGCGGCCGGCCAGUGGAUCAAGGAACAUGCUGAGGCUAUUUAUGGGACUCGCUACUGGUUUGUGACCCCCGAGGAAGGCGAUGCGGUUCGCUUCACGCAGACAAGCGACGCCUUCUACAUCACUACUCUCUAUCCACCGAAUGCAACACUCGUUCUAGACAGUCCAGUACCCUACGUAUCAGGAGAUCAAGUGACGGUAGUAGGUGGCAAUAUGAGCGGAACGGUCGUGCCAAGCAUGCUACUCAGCAAUGGCAGCCUGCAGCUCACGAUUCCCCAAGCAGUACAAAGCGCUGACCGGUAUAGCUGGGUCUUUAAGAUACCGUUUGGCGGCGUGGCAACUGGGACUACUGGUGGAGUCAACUCUACUGGUGGAUAUGGUGGUAAUGCCACGGCUACGUAUGGUGGCUCUGGUGGUCCGGCUCAGCAGACGACGAAUGAUGGUGUGCGUCAGGAUGUGUCUUCCCUAGCAGCUCUAUCCGUAGUCGUGGGGGUGGCUGCCUUCCUGAUGUAA